GAGGGGCCAAUGGGCGGUCGAAGCGGAGGGGGCGGUCCCGGGCUGCGCUGGGCCGGAGCGGGGUUGUGCGCGCUGAGGAGGAGCCGCCGCCGCUGCCGCCGUCGCUGCCGCCGCCGCUACCGAGGCCGAGCGGAGCCGUUACCGUCCCGCCCGCCCCCGCCCCCAACCUCCGGAGGAGUCCCGGGCCCGCCCGCCGGCACACAGAUAUUUUAUAAAAUGUCUAAUGGUUAUGAAGAUCACAUGGCUGAAGAUUGCAGGGAUGAUAUCGGUAGAACGAAUUUAAUUGUCAACUACCUCCCUCAGAACAUGACACAGGAUGAAUUACGAAGUUUGUUUAGCAGUAUUGGUGAAGUUGAAUCUGCAAAACUUAUUCGUGAUAAAGUAGCAGGACACAGCUUAGGCUAUGGCUUUGUGAAUUACGUGACUGCAAAAGAUGCCGAAAGAGCAAUAAAUACACUGAAUGGCCUGAGACUCCAGUCAAAAACCAUUAAGGUAUCCUAUGCUCGGCCAAGCUCAGAAGUUAUCAAAGAUGCCAAUUUGUAUAUUAGUGGACUCCCCAGGACAAUGACACAGAAAGAUGUGGAGGACAUGUUUUCACGAUUUGGACGUAUCAUCAACUCCCGUGUACUUGUGGAUCAGACAACAGGUUUGUCCAGAGGGGUUGCAUUUAUCCGGUUUGACAAAAGAUCAGAAGCAGAAGAGGCAAUUACGAGUUUCAAUGGCCAUAAACCCCCAGGUUCUUCCGAACCCAUAACAGUCAAGUUUGCAGCCAACCCUAACCAGAAUAAAAAUGUGGCGCUGCUCUCUCAGCUGUAUCACUCACCAGCUAGACGAUUUGGAGGGCCAGUUCAUCAUCAGGCACAAAGAUUCAGGUUCUCCCCUAUGGGUGUAGAUCACAUGACUGGGCUUUCUGGUGUAAAUGUCCCAGGAAACGCAUCUUCUGGCUGGUGCAUCUUCAUCUACAACCUUGGUCAAGAUGCUGAUGAGGGAAUCCUCUGGCAGAUGUUUGGCCCCUUUGGUGCGGUUACCAAUGUGAAAGUUAUUCGCGAUUUCAACACCAACAAGUGCAAAGGUUUUGGUUUUGUGACCAUGACAAACUAUGAAGAAGCCGCCAUGGCCAUAGCAAGUCUCAAUGGCUACCGCCUGGGGGACAAAAUCUUGCAGGUUUCCUUCAAAACCAACAAGGCCCACAAAUAACUCGCUCCCGCUGUUUGGUACGGAAUAGCUCACUCAGAGUGACACCAGUUGAAGCAUUUUUUUGUUAGUGUAAAACUCAUUUUGCGCCAAUUUUCACGUGUUUGUCUUAGUCUAAAUGAGAAAUGAAAAGGUUUUUUAUACUCUGGGAUGCAACUGACAUGUUCAAAUGUUUGAGAUCCCACAAUGUUAGACCAAUUUUAAGUUUCUUAAGUUAUUUCCUUUAAAAUAUAUAUGAAACAGAAAUCUUAGUAGACUGCAUUAACUAACCAGCCCCUCUGGAUGGUGGUAAAAUUGAAGCAUGCUUUAACUUAUAAGACUGUCUAACAUUUGUUUCAUUUAGUGUUUCCACAAACUGGAAAAACAAUUCUUUUUCUUCUUAGUUGUUAAACUAAAGAUGUUAGACUGACGCUGAGUGUGCUUUUUCUCAAUAGCUUAAGCAUUUAAAAUUAUUGACGCCUUAGUUGACAGUAAAUUGCUUUCUGAAGCAGUUUUCAUUGCCACUUUUCUGUUGACUUAAUCUUCAGUUGUUUUAUUUUGUUUUUUUUUUUCAAGUGGUCUUGUAAGUAGUAGCAUGCCUGCCUGACUUUUAACACCAUUGGGGAGGUAAGUUGCACGCUGAGCCGUGGCCAAGCUGUCAAAAUUAAAGUACAAAGAUUUUUCAGAAGCCCAAGUUUGAGUAGGAAUGGACCAAAGAGUUUCAAAGAAACUCCAAGAAGAUUCCAGAGUCAAAUUUAAUCUCCAAAACAGUGUGAACAUAUGUUGCUCCUUUGACAUCCUGAAUCUUUUGUCCAAAUAGCGUAUGCCUGGUGCACUACAUCCUGGUACAUUAUCUUUUGAGAGAACUUUGCAGUUUCAAAGAUCAUUCAACAUAGUUUAAAUUCACAAGGAUAGCUCUAUUUUGUAAUAACACAUAAACAUUUGAGCAUUGUAUUUCUCGCAUCCCUUCUUGUGAGCGCUAGAUUCUUUUUUUCUAUCUUAGUAGGGUUUUGUUUUGAAAAUUUGCUUUCAUAUGAACACUCAGCAGAAAAGUACUUAUUUCUUGCCAGUUAUCUAUUAACAAGAAGACUUUAAUUUGUAGUUUUAAAGAUUAACCCCCAAAGUUUUCUUCAUGCUGCCUUGACUAUUUUGGGUUGUUCUGUUUCUGUUAAAUUUUCUUUUGCUUUUUUGUGUUUUUUGUUUGUUUUUACUUUUGCAUUUAAGACCAUUAAAUUUGAUUUUGUUUUGCUCAAAUUUUGUUUUGUUUUUUAUUUUCAAUUUUCUUUUGUUUUGGAUAGGUAUUGUACAGAAGGUCCAACAUUCAGGGAGAAUUGUCAGGUCUUAAGGAGAAUUUACUGGCCUCAAGAAAAAAAGCUUUGACAUAUCUGUGGUGGCAAUAUAAACUGUAUCAUCCCAGAAUGGUUUCUUUUCUAAUGGUAGGCAGUUAGAAAGAGGCCACAGUAGGCAGGUAGGCUGGUAGCAUGCAGCAAGAGAGAACUCCGGGAAGCUGUUUCAAGAACCUGAUCUGAUUUUUAUGUAACUAAUGUACAGAGACAGACAAAAAAAAAAUGGGAUGACGUAGGACCAGCAAUUUAUAACUAUGACAUGAGAUGGAACUAUUUAAAGAUGUUUUUUAGUUAUUGGUAUAAUGGAAUUACUGAUUUAUUUUUUUAAAAGGACAAAUUAGGCAAUAGGUAUCACCCUCUCCCAAUGCAGUUAAUUAUUUUCGGAAGCAUCUGGAUGGUUGGUCUCAUAACUGCUUUCCAUUCACCUAGUGCUUCCAAAGUAUUGAGUCCCUACCACUUGUUCGUAUUUGCUUCACAACUUUUUAGAAGGUUUCUUUUUACACAUGAUGAAAAAUUGGUACGAGGCUUGGCCUUGAGAGCUAGCCGGACACUGCCCAGGAUCUACCUUGCCCUCAGAAGUAACAGACUCCAAAGGAUAAUAGCCUCUUUUUAUGACAAGGAUUUGUGGUCUCUGCUCCAUUCGCUUUGUUUUAAAUGGGGGGUGGGGGGGAGGGGGGGAAGUGUAGCUUCUGUUUUGGUCUAGAAACAGUGCCUAUUUGCUGGAGUAAAUGGAAAGGUAGUCACUGUGGUCUUGCUGUGGAGAAUUUUUAUAUUUUAAGUCAGUGUGUUCUAUGAGAAAAUAAUACUUUUUUGGUCAUGGCAGCAUUCAAAGCCUUUUUCUUAAGUCUUCUGGAUAGAGACAUGAUUUGUGGUUCUGAAUCUGGCUUUGAAGCUAUUGUAUUUAUGAUUUGCUGCCAGCUUUGGCUAGUGCUUGACUUUUAAGAGAAUUCUACCCUAAAUCAUAUACUUUGAAAGUGAUGAUGGCAUCUUUGCCACAUCUGUAUUCUCUUUUCCUUUGAUUCAGCUUGGUUCUUCAGACCCUGGGACUAAUGGAAAAUAUGGAGAUUUUUGGGUUUUAGAUGUAUCUGUCACCUUACAUUUUUCUGGUACUUGGGGCCCCCAUGGGUUUGAACACAGUUGUCACCACAGGUUCCAGGUGCUUCUUCAGGAACGUUUGCAGGAGUGUGCAAAGUUUUAGCCAUUGAUAUAUUACUUCUGGAAAGCAGUCCCCCAUCCUGAUAGUUGCUCUAACUACUCUGCUUUGCUAGGAGCAUUUAGUAGGUUAGCUCAGCCCAAACCAGACUGUCAGGUUUGUUCGUAAAUGGGAGAGCUCACUUUUAAAAAGUCAUAUUGCUAAUGGAAUCCUCCCAAACUUGGCUUAAAAAGUUUAAUCCCACUCUUUUUGAAAAAGAUGAAGACUCUAUUUAUUUUUGGAAGCCUGUUUUCCCAAAGCUUCCUUAUUUAAAAUAACUUGAUGAAAAGAAUUGAGUAGACAGUAUUAAUUUAGAAAGCGUAAUUUUGCAAAUAUUUGAGAUACUUUGAUUUCAUUCAGUUAUCUUUUAGCUUCUGAUUUCCCCAUUGCUUAUCAAUUAGACCUCCUGAUGAUUAUCUGCUAAAUAAUACUUAGGUUGUGGUAAUCUUUUUUUAAAAGAUUAAGUUAACAUUGUUGAUUCUACCCCUGCAGCUUUGCCUUAAAUUGAUUCCUCAUUGUAAAAUACCAUGUCCCCUCCAGAGAGGGUUUUCUGUGUGCUAAUUCUACCUCUAAUAGGAAGUUCUUUCAUUUUGAUUUCUCACCCAAGGGCAUCUGUCCUUUCUUUCCAUCAUCUAACAAGUACACUAUUAAAGCAGAUCUAGAUUGUUUUUAUGAAGUUGGUACUGGGUCUGGUUGAGCCUUCUCUGCUUCCAGAAAAUGAGAUUUUUCCUAUUCUGAAGGCAGGUGCCUUACUUAAUGUUUGUAGAUCUGCACUUGCUCUCAAUGCUGGGAAAGUCUAGGACCCAAAGACCAGUACAGUUGGUUGAUAGCUAAGCAGCUAUGGUUAUGUGCAUAUUUUGUGUUGAAACUGCUUGGUUUAGACUCAGCAUGGUUAUCAGAUUUGGACAUUGAAAUGAGCAUUUACUCAAGUUGUUUGGUUUCAUAUCAGAUGCAGCAUCAUUUUGUUUCUGUAUGCUUUUGUAGCAUUCAUGUGAGAGUAAGAUGGUAAGGACAUCUUCCCUUUCUCCUCCAGCCCCCUUUCCAUAAACCAAAUGCCAAUGUACUGGAUAAAACUCUUCUGAUCUUUGAAAUACACAGCCCCAUCCCCCCCCCCCCCCCAUCCACUGUGGUUUGUAGGAUAUGGCGUCCAUGUUCCCUGUGACCCUGCUGCUGGCACCUCCAGGCUACAGGCCACCAUACUUCCUAAAGAUUGACAGGCAGCACAGAAGGAAACUUUUUGGUUUGUUUUUUUGUUUUUUUGUUUUUUGUUUUUUGUUUUUCUGUUGAGUGGAGUUUGUAAUUCAUGAGCCAUUUUAAUAAUGAUAGAGUAGAUGAGCUACCACCAGAAUCUUUGAAAUCCUGUGGGGUUUCCAUUUCAAAACUUUAAUUUUCUUUUGACUUGUAAUGAUUGUUUCUUAUUUCCAAGCCACCCUUCAGUGACAUAGUUAAAUAUUUUGCUUGGUCAUUGAAAAGCAAAUGACUUGACAUUUUGAGCACAUAAGUUGGGAUAAUUCGUGAUUUGACCAGUAACUUUGAAUAGUACUGUACUUUAAAUCUUGACCUGAAGUCUUUUUUAAAAAUUGGUUCCAUCUCUUUUAACAUGUAACAUUUCGCUUACAAAGUAAUCUGUUGUGGGACAGGAGGCUUUAUCAAUUGUUUCCCAUAUUGUACAGUAGAUGGUUAAACAUUUUGUAUAUUUAGUGUGUUUUAAGUUAUUGAUUUGUUUUAUAUAAAAUAAUUUAUUUUUCAGGUACCAUUUUUUUUCAUUUUAACUUUGUUUUUACAUGGGUUUGUUUUCAAUAAAGUAUGACAUUGCUGUCCAAAAGUCUAAAAGAAAA